CGCAUGUGUUAAUAAUUCGGACGUCGGAGUUCAAAUUCUCCGACCAUUCCCUCGCUGUUUUUCUACCUUCCGUGCGUUUCUCGAAUAAAGAAGUAAACCGAUCCUCCACCUAGUAUCAUGUGAGAGAAAGAGAGAAACAGAAGAAAAGCAAAAAAGAAGUCAGCCCCUCAACGAAGAAAAAGCGAAAAAAAAGAAAGAAUAGACGACAUGAGCGACACGAGGCAUCUGACGAACCCGAGACUACACAUCUGCGGUCGCAUCGAGGACAGCUCUAACGCGUCUUCGUCGUCGUCGUCUUUGUGCGGCUGGUUAUGCCAGAUCCUUAGUCGACUUCGAUGCCGCCGACGACGCAAGGAGUGGCGGACUAACGACGGCUCUACUACCCCUGUCAGCGAGACGAUGAUCGUUAAGAAGCAUUCAUUAUCUGAUCUCAAUUUUCAUUGGCUAGCUUCCAAUACGUUAUCGGACAUAUUCAAGGUUUUACUGGUGUUCCCGCGGGAUGGCGACCAGCAGUCGGAAAUAAUCGCGGGUGUCGCGCGCAAAUUGGGCUGGCGAGUGACCGAGGCGAGGAAUGCGGAAGAAGCCGCAGAGAUGGUUCGCUCGCAGUGUCCAGAUCUGGCGAUCGUCGACCGCAGAGGUUCACUUCGGAGCCAAGAUGCCGACGAAAUUUGCAGGACUCUAAACAGCACGACUAGUAAAAAAUCUUGCAGUAUUAUUGCUCUAGUCAAAAGAUCAUUUUUCACAGCACCACACAACGAAGAAACAGUCAUUCUCGAUUUGCUCAACGUCGGCUACAGUCGAGCUUUAAUGGAGUGCUCGCACGAGCAGAUUUUGAUGAACGAGCUGAUCGGCAUCCACGCCAGCGAGUCUCAACCGAAAAGUCAACUGGCUGCCGCUCAGCUUUUGUACUUGGCCGUCGAUAGGUGCCGAGAUAUUAUCCACGUGACUAACGAUCAGCACAUCGUGCAGUUCGCCAACAAAGCCAGCGAAAGAUUGCUAGGUUACAAGCUCGAGGAGUUGGUCGGUCGGAGGAUCAACGAUUUCACGACGAACGGAAUAUUCGCCCUGAUGGAUCAGCAGUUACAGAAAGGUCGAGAGUUUGAGGGUAAUCUCAGCUGGAGAAGGAAAAAGAAAGGAUUGCUGAGCAUUAGUUGUAGGAUCGUACCCAUCAGUUUGCCAACAAGCAAGGAACCGUAUUACUUGUACUUGUACGACAGCUCGUCUAUCGAUGAAUCAGCCUCGUUGAAUUCAAGUACUCACUACUACUCUGCACGUGAAAGCGUCAGCUCGCUCAGUCGACUACACUCUCCGGAUAGGCAAUCGUCGAGCAGUAAAUCAUUAGAUUUCUAACUGCAGAAAAUUCUGAAGAGCCUCGAAAUGACUGAUCAAACCUUAUUUCUAGAACCACGACGAUCGACAAUUGCCAAGCUACACAAUUUACCAUUGGAAGCGCCGAUAACGAGAAUCAUUACGCUAUUAGCGAGUGCAGUUCAUGACUCUGAUUCUACAGAAGUUGGAGCGCAGAUAGGUCAGGCGAUCGACUUAUUGAAAUCCACCAAACUGUAUUCGCCGCAACUCAAAGACAACCUGCUGAGCGUGUCAAAUCCAAUUGCUGCGGACUUGUUGGAAGCAUUAAUAAACAUUCCAUCCACGGAUCCACGUAAAUCCUCGAGUAUAUCUUUGGAGAGAUCGUCUGCAAUUUUAAAAAUGCUCAGUCUUGACCAGAAUCGAAUCGACGCGAAAAUAACGAAAGUUGUCGAGGGUAUACCAGAACUUGACGAGCUUCUCGAGACUUGUUUCGACUGGAAUUUCGAUAUUUUCAAACUAGAAACUCUUACCAAUCGAAGGCCACUUUACUUUCUCGGCAUGACACUUAUGAGUCACUAUCAUGUAGCCGAGCGACUCGACUGUGAUGAACGAACGUUACAAAACUGGUUGACCAUCAUCGAAGCGAAUUACAACGUUCAUGUGAGUUAUCACAACUCCACCCACGCGACUGAUGUUCUCCAGGGGGUAGCAAGAUUUUUACGCUCGCAGAGGCUUCAAGGUAUUCUCGAUCCUCUUGACGAAGUCGCAGCGCUUAUAGCUGCUGCUGCUCAUGACAUCGGACAUCCCGGAAAAUCCAGUCAAUUUCUAUGCAACUCAAGCAAUAAAUUAGCCAUUCUUUACAAUGACUUAACAGUUCUCGAGUCACAUCACGCAGCGCUUACUUUUAAACUAACACUUUCCGAUGACAAUGUUAACAUUUUUAAGAAUCUAGAUCGAGAAUUGUACCGCUUAAUGAGGCAAAACAUAAUAGACAUGAUCCUAGCGACAGAGAUGACAAAGCAUUUCGAGCACCUCACCAAGUUCGUGAACGUGUGCAGUAAGAGGAUGAGCGACACCGAUUCCGACGUAUUCGACAUGGACGUAGCGGAUACCUCGGUGUUCUUACUGCCUGAGAACGUAACAAUGACCAAGAGAAUGAUGAUCAAGUGUGCCGAUGUAUCCAAUCCUACGCGGCCGUUCAGACUGUAUCUAGAGUGGACGAAACGCAUCGCCGAGGAAUACUUCCAUCAGACCGACGAGGAAAAGCGAAAAAAUAUGCCAGUCGUAAUGCCGAUGUUCGAUAGAAGCAGCUGCUCGAUACCGAAAUCGCAAAUUGGAUUCGUUGAUUUUAUCAUCAACGACAUGAUGGAGGCGUGGGACGCCUUUAUUGAUUUACCGGAAAUGAUUGGGAACAUGAGAGAAAACUAUGACAGAUGGAAAGAAUUCAACGAACAAGGUGUCAUGACGAUUGAAGAUAUUAAAAGACUUCAAGAAACUCCGGAAUUGAAACUUUACAGUAAAACUUCAUAGUCAAUUGUAUCGCUAAGUAGCUUAGAAUGCCAAGUUUGUAAAUAGGAAGUGGAGUCCGUUAUUUUUAUAUUUAUACGCAAUAAACAAUGUCAUUUCAACCAAAUAUCAGAAUAGCAAUCGCAUUGCUAUAAAGAAUCGACUAAUCAGUCCCGAAUCAUUAUUUUUCGAAUUAGAAAAAUUAGUUGACUUACCACGAGCUUCUAAGUUUCCAAACACAUCAACACGCAUACACCAAGAAACAAUCAAAAGACAACCUCGUUGCAAGAAAAAGCAAACGAAAGAAAAAUAGACACUGUGCGCAUAUCGUCGCAUUCCAAUCGAUAAGCUCAAAAUUCAAUCGCGUCACAGAGGAAAAUAUAUAUCAUCCGAAGCAAAUGUGUGCUCGGUCAAAAACACGAAAACUCAUUGCCGUGGAACGCAACAAUGAGGAUUCUACGGGGCAUUGAAGACGUAGCCAGAUGUAAAAAUCGAACAAUGACAAUAGACGUUAUCGCGAUCCUCGCCUUCUCUUGGCGAUCUCGCACCCGCCAUCUCCUCUCUUUAUCUAGGUUAAUCGUUGCCUUCUAUCUUCACGCUCUUCGCGCGACAAUUAUUAUAAAAUGCAAGCGUUCAAGCGCGGGUGUGGCGGUUAAUGGCAUGGAGACACUCUUUGAAAUUCCAACAUCUGCAGCUACGUAGCUAUUAAUCUUUCUUUUAUUUGUGUUGUACAUUGGCAUUUUAUUUGACGAUAACUAUUUUAAUAUGCUUCUAUUUACGAUUGAAGAACUGUAAAUACGGAAAAUCCUGUUUUCAUCAUCUACGGAAAAAACGGGUGUCAUUAUCUAAAUCGUCGCUUGUUGACAUAGUUAAA